AAAGUGUUAAUGGGACACUGUGACGUCUUGUUGUCUCUCCUGUGCCAGGCGGUGGAGGUGAUCGAGGAGCAGUCCGGCGUUCAGGACUCGCGGCUGCUGAGUCAGCGCACAGAGGCCUUCCUGUCUCUGGCUCGCUUCUCCGACGCUCAGUACCAGAGCAUCGACAAAUACAUGACCUCGUCUGAGUUCGAGAACAAGCAGGCGCUGCUGGAGAAGGCCAAGGAGGAAGUGGACCUGAUCAAGGAGAAGAAAAUGAUGUCCAACAGGUACACGAUAAAGGUGGAGAGGGAGAUGGAGCUGGAUCAGAAGGCUCUGUCCAACCUUCAGGAAGACAAACAGCGCUUCCUGUGUAAGGCGGUGGAAAACUACAUCCAGUGUCUGGAGCAGGGGCGGGAGCACGACACCUGGGUGUUUCGCCUGGCUUCACUGUGGCUGGAGAACGCCGACGUUAAGGCCGUAAACAACAUGAUGAAGGCUCGGCUCCAGCAGCAGCGCAGUGACCCAAAUCGGGAACAGAACGACUACCAGAACCCCCCGGUUCACCUCAAUCACCAGGACCACCGGGAAAACCAGAAUCACCAGGACCACCAAAAGAAGGAAGGAUACCAGCAUCACCAGGACAACCGGGAAAACGAGAAAGACAAGGACCUCCAAAACCUGUAUGACAAACAGGACCAACAGACCAACAGCACCAGGUCCCCCCCGCUGGACCAGGACCAGGACUACCAAAAGCAGGAUGAACACCAGAAUUAUCAGGAAGACUCGAACAACCAGAAAGUCCAGGACCUCCAGGACCUGUAUGACAAACAGGAACAACAGACCGACAGCACCACGCCCCCCCCACUGGACCCGGACCAGAACCACACCUCACCCCCCACCGCAGACCCAAAUUACCUCCAUCAUCACAGGGAGACGGAACACUUCCGUCCUG